AUGGCCAUCGUCACCAUCACCAUCAUUAUCAGCAUCAUUACUAUCAUCAUCAACAUUAUGGCCAUCAUCACCAUCAUCACCAUCACCAUCAUUAUCAGCAUCAUUACUAUCAUCAUCAACAUUACACUGGGCGGUGGCCCAAACUGGGGUGUCAAUAUAGUCAUCAACCAGCCCCUUCGGGCCCCCAACAAAAUGAACCCUCUUGACCUCUUGGAGCAUGGAGCUGACCUGAUGGGCCACAUCUCGCCCGUGUCCACUCCGCUGGGCCAAGGCCGGGUCAAUCAGCUCGGUGGCGUCUUCAUCAACGGGCGACCCCUGCCCAACCACAUCCGCCACAAGAUCGUGGAGAUGGCCCACCACGGCAUCAGGCCCUGCGUCAUCUCCCGCCAGCUGCGCGUCUCCCACGGCUGCGUCUCCAAGAUCCUCUGCCGCUACCAGGAGACCGGGUCCAUCCGGCCCGGGGCCAUCGGAGGCAGCAAGCCCAGAGUGGCGACCCCGGAUGUGGAGAAAAAGAUUGAGGAGUACAAGCGGGAAAACCCGGGCAUGUUCAGCUGGGAGAUCCGGGACCGGCUGCUCAAGGACGGGCACUGCAACCGCAGCACCGUGCCCUCAGUGAGUUCGAUUAGCCGUGUGCUCAGAAUCAAGUUCGGGAAGAAAGAGGAGGACGACGAAGGGGACAAGAAAGAAGACGAUGGAGAGAAGAAAGCCAAACACAGCAUUGAUGGCAUCCUGGGCGACAAAGGGAACCGGCUGGACGAGGGCUCAGACGUGGAGUCGGAACCGGACCUCCCUCUGAAGCGCAAGCAGCGCCGCAGUCGGACCACGUUCACGGCGGAGCAGCUGGAAGAGCUGGAGAAGGCCUUCGAGAGGACGCACUACCCAGACAUCUACACCCGCGAGGAGCUGGCACAGAGGACCAAGCUGACUGAGGCGCGCGUCCAGGUCUGGUUCAGUAACCGCCGUGCGCGUUGGCGUAAGCAGGCAGGAGCCAAUCAGCUGGCAGCGUUCAACCACCUUCUGCCCGGGGGCUUUCCGCCCACCGGCAUGCCCACGCUGCCCCCCUACCAGCUGCCGGAUUCCACCUACCCCACCACCACCAUCUCCCAAGAUGGGGGCAGCACCGUGCACCGGCCCCAGCCCCUCCCGCCGUCCACCAUGCACCAGGGGGGGCUGGCUGUGGCCGCCGCAGCCGCAGACACCAGCUCCGCCUAUGGAGCCCGCCACAGCUUCUCCAGCUACUCCGACAGCUUCAUGAACGCAGCGUCGCCCUCCAACCACAUGAACCCCGUCAGCAACGGCCUGUCUCCUCAGGUGAUGAGCAUUCUGAGCAACCCCAGCGCGGUGCCGCCACAGCCGCAGGCCGACUUCUCCAUCUCCCCGCUGCACGGCGGCCUGGACUCGGCCUCCUCCAUCUCGGCCAGCUGCAGCCAGCGGGCGGACUCCAUCAAGCCAGGGGACAGCCUGCCCACCUCCCAGUCCUACUGCCCACCCACCUACAGCACCACCGGCUACAGCGUGGACCCCGUGGCUGGCUACCAGUACGGCCAGUACGGCCAGACUGCUGUUGAUUACCUGGCCAAAAACGUGAGCCUCUCCACACAGCGCCGCAUGAAGCUCGGGGAGCACUCUGCUGUGCUGGGACUCCUGCCCGUGGAGACCGGCCAAGCCUACUAGGGCCCCUGGGGCGACUUGCCCCAGCCCAAGGCCCAGCUUCACCCUUACUGGUCCCUGAACCUCCCAGCCUCAGUCCCCUCAUUGCCCUGGGGUCCCAGGAAGCCAGGAAAGGAGCCCAUUCCCUUGUGAUAGCCAGCCCUCUGGAGGCGUGCAGCCAGCCUCGCAUGCACCUGUGCUGGGGGCCUAGCGUGACCCCCACCUCGGCGUCUGCCCCUUUACUUUGUCCCCAGGGGGGUUCCUGGUCAGCCCACAGCCUUGUCCCAGUCAAACCCUGUCACUGUGGGGCCCCUGUGCCAUCUGAGGCCCAGAGAUGGAGGCUCGCCCUGCAUAGGGCACCAUGAGCACCCAGAGGAGGGUGGGGUCUGGGAUGAGGGCCGGUGGGUACCCUGGCCGGAGGUGGAGGAGCUCACGGCCACUCUCCGCUGGAAGUGCUGGGAGCCAGACCCUCCAGGUGGGUCUCUGGCCCAGGGUCAGAACCCCAGCCCAUCCCUCCUCUGGGUGAUGCGACUCCAGCAGAGAGGGAACCCAGCCCUGGGUUUUCCCAGGGGAAUUGCCCAGGAAGUCUGACUUUGGGUUCCUCCCCGCACACCUCGCUUGGGUGUCAGGGGGAAUCUAGCCCAAGCAGGGAGAUUGGGAAAACCAGGAAGAGACUUAACCAGGGGUGUGGCCAUAUGAGUAUGGGUCAGCAGCGACCAGCCCAAGAUACAAGGCACCAGUGAGGCAGCCAGAAGCAGCCGGCUCUUCUACUGAAGCCCAAGUUCCCACUGUGCCACCCCACGUGGGGCCUGGGGAGCCUGAGUUUUCCCAU